GGGAGGCAGCCCGCCUCCCUUGCUGCCGGGUGUGGUUCCCCUCGAGAGGCCCUCCGCCAAGCUCCACAGAACUCCAUAGCACUCAGCCCCCGGACGGACGGACAGUCUGACGGAACAGCGACACCGCUCAGCCCACGGCACGAUCUGUGCCUCUUGGGGAAAAUGCAUGUGCUCCUGAUGCUUCUGGCCGCAGUGGGCACCUGCCUAGGCCUGCUGGUGGCAACUGCCACAGGUGCUAACCCUGCCCAACUGGACACUCCCAGCAUGCUACCCACCCUCCGGCGCCAGAAGAGAGACUGGAUUUGGAACCAGAUGCACAUCGAUGAAGAGAAAAACACCUCACUGCCCCAUUAUGUGGGCAAGAUCAAAUCGAGUGUAAACAGUAAGAACGCCAAGUACCUGCUCAAAGGAGAGUCUGCUGACAAAGUCUUCCGGGUCAAGGAGGACACAGGCGACGUGUAUGCCUUUGAGAGGCUAGACAGGGAGAAGAUCUCUGAGUACCACCUGGUUGCCCUCGUGGUGGACAAGGACACCCAGAAGAACCUGGAAUCUCCUUCCAGCUUUACCAUCAAAGUUCACGAUGUGAAUGACAACUGGCCCGUGUUCACACACCGGAUUUUCAACGCAUCUGUGCCCGAGAUGUCGGCUGUGGGGACCUCGGUAAUCAGUCUGACAGCAGUGGACGCAGAUGACCCCACAGUAGCAGACCACGCCUCUGUCAUGUACCAAGUCCUGAAAGGAGACGAGUAUUUUGCCAUCGACAAAGCUGGACACAUUUUCACAACAACCAAAAACUUGGACCGAGAGACACAGGCCAAGUAUGAGGUGGUGGUGGAAGCACGAGACGCCCAGGGCCUCCGUGGGGAGUCGGGCACGGCCACUGUGCUGAUCACUCUGCUGGACAUCAACGACAACUUCCCCAUCUUCACCCAGACCAAGUACACAUUUGCGGUGCCCGAAGACAUCCGUGUGGGCAGCUCCCUGGGCUCUCUGUUUGUUGAGGACCCAGACGAGCCCCAGAACCGGAUGACCAAGUACAGCAUCGUGCAGGGCGAGUACAGGGACACCUUCACCAUCGAGACAGACCCCACGCACAAUGAGGGCAUCAUCAAGCCCAUGAAGCCCCUGGACUAUGAACAUGUCCAGCAAUACAGCUUCACCAUCGAGGCCAUGGACCCCACCAUCAACCUCCGCUACCCAAGUGGCACCUCUGCCAGAAACAAGGCCCGCGUCAUCAUCAACAUCAUGGAUGUGGACGAGCCCCCCAUCUUCCAGCAGCCCUUCUACCACUUCCAGCUGCGGGAGAACCUGAAGAAACCUCUGAUCGGCUCAGUGCAGGCCAAGGACCCCGAUGCGGCUCAGCGAAGCAUUGGAUACUUCAUCCGCAGGACCAGUGACAAGGGCCAGUUCUUCCAAGUAAACAAGCAGGGGAAUAUUCACAAUGAGAAAGAACUGGACAGAGAAAUCUACCCAUGGUAUAACCUGACUGUGGAAGCCAAAGAACUGGAUUCUAGAGGGACCCCCACAGGCAAAGAAUCCAUUGUGCAGGUGCACAUCGAAGUUCUGGAUGAGAACGACAAUGCCCCAGAGUUUGCCCAGCCCUACAAUCCCAAAGUGUGUGAGAAUGCUGCCCAGGGCAAGCUGGUUGUGCAAAUCUCGGCAACAGACAAGGACAUAACUCCAAGAAAUGUGAGGUUCAAAUUCUCCCUGAGCACCGAGGACAGCAACUUCACCCUCACAGAUAAUCACGAUAACACAGCCAAUAUCACGGUCAAGUACGGGCAGUUUGACCGGGAACGAACCAAGGUCCACCACCUGCCCGUGCUCAUCUCGGACAAUGGGCGGCCGAGCCUCACAAGCACCAACACGCUGGCUGUGACAGUGUGCAAGUGUAACGAGCACGGCGAAUUCACCUUCUGUGAGGAGGUGGCCUACCAGGUGGGCGUCAGCAUCCAGGCGCUGGUAGCCAUCUUCCUCUGCAUCCUUACCAUCACAGUGAUCACCCUCCUUAUCUUCCUGCGGCGGCGGCUCCGGAAGCAGGCCCGCGCCCACGGCAAGAGUGUGCCGGAGAUCCACGAGCAGCUGGUCACCUACGACGAAGAGGGCGGCGGCGAGAUGGACACCACCAGCUACGACGUGUCGGUGCUCAACUCGGUGCGCCACGGCGGGGCUAAGCCUCCAAGGCCCGGGCUGGACGCAAGGCCAUCCAUAUAUGCUCAGGCGCAGAAGCCCCCGCGGCGCACGCCCCCUACCGUGCACGGGGGACCCGGAGAUAUGGCCGCUGUGAUAGAGGUGAAGAAAGACGAGGCUGACCACGAUGGUGGCGGCCCGCCCUACGACACACUGCACAUCUAUGGCUAUGAGGGCUCCGAGUCCAUCGCCGAGUCCCUCAGCUCCCUGGGCACCGACUCCUCUGACUCAGAUGUGGAUUACGACUUCCUCAACGACUGGGGGCCCAGGUUCAAGAUGCUGGCCGAGCUGUAUGGCUCGGACCCCCAGGAGGAGCUAGCGUAUUAGGGAGCUGCGAGCCUCUGGGCCUGGGGACCCAAACCACUGCAGCUUCCGCCAGUCGGACACCAGGACCUGAGCCCUCAAAUUGUAGCACUGACACCCCAGCCCUGCAGCCUUUCCUCAUGAGUCCCAGAGACCUGACCACCUUGGGUAGCAAACUCCAGAUCCCUGAAAUGUCCAGGAACAUAUGUCAGUGAUGGCUACCUCCCAAAUGCUGGAAAAUCCCAGCUAGUGUUGUGUCUGGGCUUGGACAUCCACAUAACCCUGUCACCAGGGACCACGCGUCCAACACAAAGACUUUCUCUGGCUCCUCAAAGCAGCUUAUGGUCACCGACCAGGGAGAGGUCUUCCCUUGAAGUCCCUGAAACCCCUGGUGAGGCCCUGGUGCCUGUCUGUCUGGAGGCAAAGGGCAGGACAGCAUGACCUGUGGCUGACACCCCCUGCAGCCCAGUCCCAAGGGAGACUGGGACUGUCCAUCACGGCUGCCCUGCUUCAACUCCCUCACACACACACACACACACACACACACACACACACACCCAAAUCCUGCACCACUCCUGGGCCCCUCCCAAGGCCUGUCAAGAGGGAGGAAGGGGCCCUUGGCAGCUCCCAACCUCAGGUCCUGAGGUCACCUCACUUGUCUGCCAUGCCAGUAACUAUGCUGUACUGAGCGUUGAAAAUUCAACCAAAGUCAGGGAAAUGGCUUGCUGAACUUUGAAGCAACUGAAUUCAUCCUGAAGGGACAGUGGAGACCAAAUGUGACAAAUCCUAGGGUGAAAGACACCUCCACACCUACACCCUCCAUAGAGGGCCUGGGGCAGCUGUGGCCCCAAUUUGAGCUUCCUCAACACCCCUCUAGUUUUACCUGGGAAGUGGGAACAUAUGUUCCCAGAGCAGAACACCUCUUCCCAUCUCUGUCUUGCCUGGUCACCCAUUCAUGCUCUCUCUUUCCUUUCUUUCUCUCUCUCUCCCCUCAUCUCUUGACUUAGAGGCAACCACAGCAACUAGCAACUCUGGCCAAUGUCCAAACCCAAACAUGAUUGCACAAUGGAGCCACACCCUUUGCCCUUACACCUCGUUUUGCCACAUCUCAGGGAACCCAAGCAGGGCCCCAUCCCUCGGGCACACCCUGCAGAAGUCAAGGCCCCUGCCCUGCCCAAGACUUAUAGUCCUCUGUGCAUCUCCCUCUUUCAGCCACACAUGGAACAUUCCACUGUAAACACACCUUGAAGAAGCAGCAUCGCUCAACAGGAGG